AUGGCAACUGCCGGGCCCUCGGGCGCCUCGUCCAGCGCCGUGCCUCUGGCACCAGCGUCGCCGCCCGCUCUCUCGCCCGAGGCGCUGCCAGGCGCCGCUGACGCAGGCCCGACGUUCCUCGGCCUCUCGCUCUCCUCGAACCCCUACUUCUCCGCCGGCUUCGGCCUCAUGCUCUUCGGCAGUGCACUGGCCGUCGGGCGACGCGGUGCCUCUUCAGUCGCAGGCCUGGCGCAGCGACGUCUGCUCGUCUCGCUCGAGAUCGCCUCCAAGGACCGUGCCCAUCCCUGGCUGCUCGCAUGGCUGGGCGCACAGGCGCAGGCACAGGCCUCGAACCCGGCUCUGCGCAAAGAGGGCCUGCGUGCGCUGGCGGGGCUCAGCGGAGAGCAGGAGGCCAUGGUGCAGCCUACACGCAUCUGGAGUCACGAGCUGGCCGUCGAGACGAGCUUCAAGCCCAAGAGCGAGCAGGCCGCGCAGGGCGGCGACCAGCGCGGCGAGGCGCGUUUCAGCCUCGUGCCCGGCCCGGGCACGCACUGGUUCCGAUACAAGGGCAACUGGAUGCGCCUGCAACGCGAGCGCAACGCCAAGGUCGUCGACCUCACGACGGGCGCUCCCUGGGAGACGAUCACGCUCACGACAUUGCGUUCCUCGCGCGCUCUCUUCCCGCAACUGCUGAGCGAGGCGCGCGCGCUCGCAGAACGCUCGGUGGAGGGCAAGACGGUCAUCUACACGGCAUGGGGCGCCGAGUGGCGGCCGUUUGGCAAGCCGCGCCGCGCGCGAGAUGUGCAGAGCGUCGUGCUCAAGGAGGGAGUGGGAGAGCGCAUUGAGCAGGACGUGCGGGCCUUCAAGGCUAGAGGAGACUGGUACCGCCAGCGUGGCAUCCCAUACCGACGAGGCUACCUGCUGCACGGCGCACCCGGCUCGGGCAAGAGCAGCUUCAUCACUGCCCUAGCCGGCGCUCUCGACCAAGGCAUCUGUCUGCUGAACCUCUCCGAGCGUGGACUCACCGACUCGAAGCUCACGCAUCUGCUGGCGCACUUGCCCGACUCCUCUCUGCUGCUCCUCGAGGACAUCGACGCCGCCUUUCACGGCCGCUCCGCGCCCGCAAGCGAGGAUGGCUUCGUGCCUGGCGUCACUUUCUCCGGCCUGCUCAAUGCCCUCGACGGCGUAGCAAGCGCAGAGAGUCGCGUCGUCUUCAUGACGACGAACCACGUCGAGCGCCUGGAUCCGGCACUCAUCCGGCCCGGACGCGUGGAUCUGGCGCUGGAGCUGGGCGAUGCGGACGGACAUCAGGUGCGCGAGCUGCUGCGGCGCUUCUAUGGGCCCCAACAAGCCUCGCGCGACGCUUCAAGAGUGGAAGAGAAGGCACCGAUCGAGCACAGCCACGCACUCUCCGAUGCCGAGCUCUCGCGCCUGGGAGAUCAACUGGCGACGGCGGUAGAGCAAGAGACGGCCCGUCGACGGACAUUGCUCGGUCUCGAUGCCUCGGGCCGCCCACCGCUAGCGGCGCUCGGCGCUCGCACCAACGCUCAUCCGCCGGCGGCUCAGGGCGGCGUCAGCAUGGCCGAGCUUCAAGGACUGUUCAUCCGCUUCCCCGAGGCGCCGGAAGAGGCCAUCCGCGUCUUCAAAGAGGAGAGCGAGAUCGCUAGGGAGCAGGCGGCGGCGAUGAUGGCGGCGCAGAGGGCGGAACAGGGGCAAGCCGGGCAAUGA